AUGGCAGAAUCGGUGCUUCACGAGCAGCUGGUUCGGCAAGGCCUGGGCAGCGGGAGCGAGGGACGACCGGUGGAGCUGCUUUCAAACUUCUUCAAAAUCACCACUAACGGCAAAGUGGUCUACCACUACUCCAUCGGUUUGCAGAAGAUGGCCUACCGCCCAGAGGACCCCAAGUCGGGAGAUAUCAAACAGUACGUUCUCGCCCCCUUGCAACCGGGACUGGAAGUGUUUAUCAGAAAGUGUUCUGCAGAAAUCUUAGGCGCGUAUUUCCAGCAAAACGCUGAAGUGUUUGGCCGUACCCCAUUUGUUCACGAUGGAGCCCAAAAGCUGUACUCGACCCGUCCACUGGACCUGAAAGAUGUCCCUCAAGUUCAAACGUUCACCGUCGGUGGUCGAGAGGCUCGAUUCGCUGUCACCAUCUCGCUAGUUGGAGAGAUUGACCUAAGAGAACUGGACAACUACUACGCUGCCGGUGGUAAGGCUAAAACGCUUUCACCCGCCAUCAUUCCCGUCUAUGAGCAGGUGUUUCGCUUUCUUAUCGAACAGCAGUUCACCGCUUACCAGAGCAGCUUCUACGAUCCACUUCAGCGUGAGCGAAGCAAAAGCAGCCGCGCCUUUGAAUUUGUCUGCGGCUUCUCCAUCUCCGUCCGCAUGACCGAGUUUGGCCUGGCGCUCAACAUUCACUCGAAUCGAAGCUCGGCCAUGGUCUCUCAGCACAUGACCACCGUGGACCGCUUUGUGAAGACCUACCUUGGCCUGGAUCGGCUGGACGCCACCCUCAGCGAGGUUCAGCUGAAGCAGGCGAGCAAGCUCCUCCGCGGCCUAAAGGUGAAGACCACGCACACCGGCGAGGAGCAGUUCUUCAUUAUUGACUGUCUGAGCAGCGAGACGCCCACUACGCACACCUUCAAGAUGCCCAGUGAUGAUGACCAGAGCAGUGGCGGCGGCAAAAGCAUCAGCGUUCGAGAGCACUUCCAAAGCCGCUACAACAUGACGCUUCUCCCCAACCUGAACCUGGUGAAGACGACCGCCGGAAAGAAGGGCGGUGACGGUGGCUACAAGAUUCACCUCCCCAUGGAGAAGUGCCACUUUGUGGAGCACCAGUUCAUCAACGACCUGAAGCUGCCGACGAUGCUGCAGACGGAGCUGAUCGAGCUCUCCUCCUCGCCGCCGAACAUCUACUUUGCCCAGGUGGCCAAGUUUGCCGAGCUGAUCAGCCAGAUCGACCCUCCUCUGCUCGGCCACUUUGGCCUCCAGCUGACGACGCUGCCGGCGAAGGUGCCCGCCCGCGUGCUCGACCUGCCGCCGGUGCUCGACAACCAGGGCACCUUCUACCGGGUGGCCGAGCCGCCGGAGCAGUGGGCGGUGGUCUGCUUUGACCUCUCCCUCACCAGUCACCAGCUGACCGGCUUCAUCGAGUCGAUGCGCGAGGUGGCGAAAGGGCGCGGCAUGAAGCUCUGCAAGCCCUUUCCCAUUACCACGGUGGAGAUCAAGGACUGCUACAGCAUCUUCAACUGCUUCGACAACAUGCGAAUCCUGACGCGCGUCAGCUUUGUCGUCUUCAUCCUUCCCAGUUUCUGCCCCGAAAUGCCGAAUGGCGAAGUUUACAAGGCCGUCAAGUACUUCUCCGACACGGAGGUGGACUUUAUCAGUCAGUGCGUUCGAGCGGAGAAGGCAAAGGCGCCGCCUAAGGGCUACUUUGAGAAUGUGCUCGACAAGAUCAACGCCAAGAUUGGCGGUAUUAACACCGCCGUCAGCGAGGACUACCUGAAGGGCCUGCUGCUGCCCUUUGAGGUGAAGGAGACGAUGCUGGUGGGCAUCGACGUGAACCACCCCGGGCAGUUCGACAAGAUCGCCGCCUCGAUUGCGGCCGCCGUGGGCACCUCCGACUCGACCAUGACCGCCUACUCUUGCUCGGUGCGCGUCCAGGAGAAGUUCCACAGCGAAGCGGUGGAGCACAUUGGCGAGAUG